AGUUAUUAAGUGGGAGAGAUAGAGGGAGAACAACUGCUGUUCUUUAAUCUUGAGUCUAGCAGAUGCAGCCAUGCAUGCAGUCCUCCAAAAUACCACACCCACACAACUACGCAGUCAAGAAAUAACACUAUGGUAGGAAUAAUUAUCAAUUAUCUCCAACUUUGCAUUCUGUUUGACAUAAGUAAGGGCGGAUAUAUUUCAAACACUACUAUAAUUCCUAUUUUGUUUUAAUUUUUAACCUGAAAUGCUUUUACAGCUCGUGUACCAACACAGCGACGAACGUUUGCCGUUGCGACCGGCAUCUUUAAACAGGGGAAGUAAUUCUAGUUUGCUUUUCUAAGAGAAAUGCGUCGCAGAUGCUGGUGUUAUCAAUGUUUUUUUGCAAUUGCCAGCAGCAUCUUCAAAGAGUGCACAACGAAACAUUCAUAUAAAGAUAUUGGCAGUGUCCGAAUAUGGCCUGCAUUGGUAACAAAGCAUCAGAAAUUGAUCCAACAUUAGAAUCUUUCGUAAGCACUCUGACGAAGAAAGGUAUAAAAUUGCUGGCGGUGGAUUUCGAUAAAACAUUGGUGGACAUUCAUACGGGAGGUAGCUGGAAAGAAGGCACAGACAAACUGACAGUGCAUGUGCGACCUUGUAUGCGCGAUCUCGUAGAGCAUGCACAUCGUAAAGGCAUACAUGUCUGCAUUGUGACUUUCAGUAGACAAGCCUGGAUGAUCCGCGAGUUGCUUCAGAAAGUUUUGCCCAAAAAAAUAGCUACAAAAGUAAUUGUCCAGAGUACCCCAUCAGACUCGGAAGAUCAACAAGAAUCUCUGCAUUUCCUUUGUAAAGAGCCUCAUAUUACAUCUGUUGUCAAUGAACUGUAUGCAAAAUAUGGCAUAAUGAUAAAAUCAAAAGAAAUACUUUUGCUAGAUGAUGAGAUGGACAACUUGUACAAAGCCUCCAAUUUCAACCACCAUGCAUUUUUUGUGCCACAGAAUGUUAAUUAUGAUACCUUUGCUAGUUUUGAAAGAAUGCUAAAUAUAAAGCCUUGAUUAAGUAGCAAGAAAGGAUUGACAUGCUGCAGUAGGGGCAUUUGUCAUGGUGGAAAACAUUGAAUGUGGUCAAGUGAGUGUGUGUUGGUGGGAUAGGGGUUUUGAAUGCUUAUACUUACAGAUUUUUUUCAGCUUUUCAUUUGUAGUGUUUUGACAGGUACAAGUUCAUAAAAAGCCUGUUUACUUUCCAUCACCACCUACUUUUCAAAAAUACUGUUUUAGAAAACUGUAUAAAAAUUCUUUGUAUAACACGUCAUAUUACUAAUCAGAUGUAAAAGGAAACAGAUUGUGCUGUGUUUGUGACUCUCCCAGACUCUUAUCUUUUUAAAAGUUCACCUAGGUUCUUUAGUAUAUCUUGGAACAAAUAUAUUUUAUUAAUGUGUAAUCUGUAACCUGGCUCACACACUGUUAUUAUAUAUAAUCAAGACUGAAUAAGAAUUUAAAUGCUACUUAUGUGUAAGUGGCAUUACCAGCACAAUCAUUUUAUGCACUUUGAGACUUACAGUCACAUAUUCUUUUCAUAAACUAAAUCAGGAACAGCAGUUUAAAGAAUAUUACUGUAGAGGUAAUGUGUGUUGUGAUCAUGGCCGUAUAUUUACUUUUAUGGUGGUUGUUCAUAUUUCUGUUUUUUUGUGAAGGUUUUGCCUCAUGUUUAGAAUUUGAUAAUAAUUGCUGACAUGAAGCCUUAUGCCAGAUAUGAAAGAACAUUAUGGCUGAAAUAAAUGCCUAUUUCCUAUGACCAAAACUGGUCAUAUCAAAGAAUUUUAUAAAGAUAGUUUAUUUUAUAAUACAUGUCCAUGUACAUAAAAUUUCUGUUGUUAGUGAAUAUGAGUAAGUCAGGGAGAGUAAGUCAGUCAUCCCCUGACUGCCACCUGUCUUCGGUGAUACAUGGAUAGACAUGGCAGCUGACCGGACCCGCCAUUCUUGCCUGUUGAGGAGGAUAGUCAGCAGGUUCUGUACAGGACGACUAGUCUAGUAUUUGAUGUUCGUAAGCCAGUUCUUUCUUUGGCCACUGCAGCAUCUGCUAUGAGCUACCCAAAGGUGCCUUGGAGGAUAGUCUUCAACAGGGUGUCAUGUUGGGUCACAUGGCCAAAGACCAUUUUAUGUCGCAACUGUUGAAAGUAGGGGUUUCUGGUGUCUAAUGAGUGUGGCCAUCAUGUUUCGCACAAAGCUGUUUUGUGUUCUUUGUAUGAGAUCCAGAGCAACCUCCUCAGGAACUUGUUCUUAAAAGCCUGUAUUCUCCUUCUUGUUUUGGUAAACUGAGUCCAUGUCACAUCUGUAGAGCAGGAUCAGCACUACCAGGCAUUUGUACAGCUUGUACUUGGUAGUGAACCUUAUCUUUGAUCCUAUCUGGCCCAGCCAUUGCCGCUAUUGCUGUUGCAGUCCUGAUGUGAAUAUCUGGCGUGGAGCUGCCAUCCUUGGAGAGAGUGGCUUCCAAGUAUUUGAAGGUGUUUACCUCUUCGAGCUGUACCCUGUUCAUUUAAAUCUCUGCUUUGCCGCUAUCAUUGAUCAUAACUUUGCUCUUUUCAGUGCUGGUCUCUAUUCCAUAUUUAUUUGAACUCUCUGUCAAUCUGGUGGUGAAGUCUUGCAGUUGUUAGUGCCUGUUAACAGAUCUAUGUCGUCUGUGAAGUGUAGAAAUGGAAGUAUGAUGGUUGUGGAAAGCUUGGAGCAUGUUCUCCAAGAAGAUAUUAAACAGCACCGGUGAUAGAGCGAGUGUAUGCCUACUGUGGUAUGAAAGUAAGUUCCUAUUUGGUUGUUCACCAGUUUGGUUGAUGUUGAUGUUUUCUGAUUUUCAAUGCUAAGACUGUAUAUCAGAUUCUUUGUCUGGGUGUAACCAAUGAUGCUCCCCUUAGUUUGUUGAUCCGUUGUGGAUGAUGUUUGUCCCUAUGCUUACAUGCAAGUAUGCUGUGUUAAGAUUUCAACAUCUUCCAUCAUUCCUUCAGAAACCUUUGCUUGUACAGCAUGUAAAGGUGCGCCACAUCUCUGGAUUUCAGGAAAAUGAAAACUUGAAAGCUGAACAUUUUGUACUAUAAUUUUAGUAGUACCCAAUUUCUUAAAAAAUGAAAAGGUUCCUUGUCCAUAACCAACAGCAGGUGCUAGUCAGAAACCACUUAUUGCAUUUAAAUGUCUUAUAUUAAUGCAUAUUUCACUUGUGCAGGAUCAUACUGAAUUAUUUUGAGUCAUCUCCUCAUUGUGGUUCAAGAACACCUAUCUGUAUUAGAGAGUGGACAGCAGGCUUUAAACCUUAAAAUUGGUUUCUCCUUGCCUUCUCCAGUAUUAAGCCACUCCCUUAAUCUUUAUCUAGUUUUAGGCUUGUGUUUUCUUUUAACCACCCUUACCAUUUUCAUUUUGAAGAAUAGAGGUGCUUGGAAAAGUACCAAGAUAGUGAUUGUAGGUGUUGUGGCCAAGUUUGCUCUGGUGCGAGAACAUCAUGUUGGCACAGAUGUGUAGGAUUGUGGUACUGUGUAGAUCGCUUUUAUUAGACCAGCAAUUUUAAAACUUAAAAUAUAAGAAAAAUUUAACAAUGGUCUCAUUUUGUACUUAUGUUUUGAUGCAUGGUUGAUUCAAUUCCAUGCCUAGAUAAAAUAUCCAUCCACAUAAUGUAGCACAUAUUAUAAUUUAACAUGCUUGAUGUUUGGUUGUCAGAGUUUUAUGGAAUGUACAAAUGCAAUAGCCAAGGUCCAGUAUAAGAUAAUGAGCUGUUCCAUAUGAUAUCUGGAAAUGGUUAUUUCCCAUCUAUGCCACCUCCAUUGACUUCAGGUUGUGUUGAUUACAUUUUGCGUCCCAGUACUUUUUUCCUUUUAUAGUUAGGAAAGUAUUUAAAUUUUGUGUUUUCCCCCCUUUUAUAUGUAAAUGUUAAUAUUGGCUUUAUUUUUUUUUUUUCAGUACAAACUAAAAUUUAUACAUGCUUAAGUAGCUAGCAUGAAAAGAAGAAUGAUUUUAUUUUGUUCAUUAACAGAAGACAGAAAAUACUCAGCUGCUAAAAUGGAAGAAUACAAAGUUUACAAUAACACAAAUAAAAAUUGUAUGCCUUUCUUUGUUCUGUAUGCACUAUCUUGGGGACUUUACAAAAUAAUUAUGGAUGAAGCAAGAGCUUAAACACCUACUAUUUUUAAGAAUACCAUGUUUUUUAUUGACGACCAAGCAGGUGUACGCCACUCACACAAAACUGCCAUAUUAGUAGUAUAAGUGCUACAUUGACAGGAAGCUAUUAUCUGUCCACAUGAUUGGACAGGAUGCACUUUGUGUUUGCUCACUUAUCCAGGUUGACUGGUUGGGCAGUGUUUGUAUUAUUGCCAGCAACAAUGGCAAAAUAACUGAUCCACACCAAUUCCAUACUACCCACAAACGAAACAAAAGCCUUAAAUUCUGAACUUCUACUUUGGGAGGGAAAAAAUGGCUUAACCUGGAGGAACAGAGGAAAAACAUGAGGUACCAGCUACCCUAGUGGUCAUGCUUCACCUGUUUCCAUUCUAAUGCAUUUCAAACAACAUACUGUUCAUUUGCAUUUUCUAUAAAUGUAACGGUGGUCCGCAUGCACAAGUCAGGUGGUACACAGCUGACAGUUAUCACAUGUCAGCAAAGUGAUGUUUGAAUCGCCAGAUAUGCUAAUUAGUCCAAUAUUGAUUUCACACAAGUUUUAAUUUUAUUGAUGCCGACCUGCUCGUUCGAAUAAAACACUCGUUUACCAACUAAGUCUCUAUGUCUCAGCGCGAGCAUUUAGUCACUUAAUGUCAUCCAUUACCUUAGUAAUGCAGUGGGCUUCCUUAUUUUUUAACUUUAUGUGUAGUUUACGAAGUAUGUAAUUUUAUGUUAACUUAUUACUAUAAUAUUGUCACAAAGUACAUUAAGUUUUGAAUUGCAAUAAAAACAAAUGCGGCAAUUGAAAUUCAUGGUACGGAGUGAUUUUAGGACUUGAUGGUUCACUGUAUUUUUUUACUUUAGUAAAGUGGUCCACGGUCCAAAAUACUUUAAGAACCACUGAUGUAACAUACUGCAAUAUAUAUAUACACACAUACAUAAAAUAAAAAUAUUAAAUUUUCAGAAGUUUAAGAAAAAGAUGAUGACAAUUCUGACACAAGUCCUUUUGAGCUUGCCAAUAGGAUCUUACAAAUAAACAGCCUUGCGUGAGAUAGGAAGUGGAUUAAAUUAAUAAAAUCCUUAACCCUUUGUCUGAUGGCCACAAAAUUUAGCAGGAAUAUUCCUUUUGAUUACAGCCCAAUUGUAAGUGUAUAUAACUUCAGAGCCUAUUUACUUUUAACACAUACUGUAUUGUAAGAUGUUACUGGUGGCUCCAAACGAAAAAAAAAAAAACUACACAGAAGACACUGAUGGAGCUCUGCUACGUAGAACAAAUUUUUACACUUUUGAAGUUUGAGAUGGCACUGAGAGAAAGAUAGUCGAUAGGCAAUUGUCAUCAUGGAAAAUGUAUCUCUCACUUCACUUGAAAUUUCAUGACCCCAAUGCCAAACAGGAGCUGUGAACCUGUCAGCCUUGGGAAAGGACAUCUAGAGCACAUCAUGCAUGAAUAAGCAUGACUCAAACAAAGCAGUAGAUAUAAGAUUGACAAUAACGUCACAGCUGGAUGAGUUAGUAUUAGUAAUUAAAUUGAAAUCGGGUUACCUGGCUAGCUUUAAAGCUCAAGCCUACGGAAGAGCUUUUGAAGGCUGGUCUUAUUUUUUGGCACAUGUGCCUGUUUCAAAGUAACUUAAGAUAUUCCCCUGCAUUUGAGUGAUUUUUUUGCCUACAAAUUUGUCUGCGUGCCUGUAAAUUUUGCUUUGCUGAAGGUGCAUACUUGUCUUGCAAAUCUUGAAGAUUCAAAUGCUUUUGUGAUGAAAAAACAUUAUGCAAAUAUUGUUCCAUGCCUUGGCUUUUCUGUUCAGCAGUCAGUGAUGCAAAGAUUAUUGCUCAAAGAAGUGUAUCACCAUGUUUAUUCUUAGUAACAACAACAAAAAAUUGUAUGAAUUUUGUUGUUCAUGGCAGUCUGCAGUAUCUAAUAAAAGGUUUUACCACUG